GCGAGCUUCAACAGUCACAUGACGAUCUAAAGUGUCUGUGUGUCGGUAUAUCAUUUCAAUAACGUAGAGGAGUACACGCUCUGGUUUGAUUCUAAUUUUGAGGGGGUAAUAUCUAAAAGUAGCCAAAAUGUUGGCGUUUUUCAAUAGAAUACUGGACUGGCUUAAGAGCCUAUUUUGGAAGGAGGAAAUGGAGCUGACGUUAGUAGGUUUACAAUACUCCGGAAAAACGACGUUCGUCAAUGUUAUCGCGUCUGGGCAAUUUAGCGAAGACAUGAUACCCACCGUAGGUUUUAACAUGAGAAAAGUCACUAAAGGAAAUGUCACAAUCAAGGUUUGGGACAUUGGUGGUCAACCAAGGUUUCGAAGUAUGUGGGAAAGAUACUGCAGAGGAGUCAAUUGUAUAGUUUAUAUGGUAGAUGCAGCGGAUCAUGAGAAACUGGAAGCAUCGCGUAAUGAACUACAUAAUCUUCUUGACAAACCACAAUUAGCAGGAAUCCCGGUGCUUGUACUUGGUAAUAAGAAAGAUCUCCCUAACUCACUUGAUGAAAAAGAACUAAUUGAGAGAAUGAAUCUUGCAGCCAUCCAAGACAGAGAAAUUUGUUGUUAUUCUAUCUCAUGCAAAGAGAAAGAUAAUAUUGAUAUCACACUGCAGUGGUUAAUUCAGCAUUCCAAAGACAGUCGCUGACCGGCUUUUAUUGUCUGACCCCUCCCCUUAUUAGCCCCUCACUCAAAUAAUGUUAAACACUUUAUCAAACUGGCUUCCAGUAUUCAUUUUGUUAUGCCAAGGGACCAAUCAGUUCUAGAGAACCACACCUAGAUUGGCUGCGCCCGACAGAAAGCAGGAGUACAUCAUUACCUGAAUGUGUACAAGAAGCUUUUUUUUCUGCCACUGCUGUACUGGUUUCGUGACCAGGGCUGUGAUUUGUAAAAUGUAAGCAUGAAAAUAGUUAUUGGAUGGAAGCACCUUUAUAAUCUUUGCAUUAGUCGAAUAGAAACCUUUCACCCUCCAAUACAUGUUUGUUUUAUAGUCAGCGAUGAGUGUCUGUCAAUGGUGGAGUGACAUAGACGUAUGUAAAUUGUAUGUUAAUCAAUGGUGUAAUUAUGUGACAAUUAGCUUAACCAGGCUUCAUACUAUUAUAUGUAUUAUAUAGAAACGAGAAACAAAUAUUUGGUCGAUUUUUUUUUUUUACCAGUUUUUCAUAGCAUUUAUUUUGUCUUUCUCUAGAUUUGAUUGGCACAGGAUCCCAAAUGCUUAUCCAAUCACUGCUCUCAAAUUACAAUCCCAUUUAAGCUCUUUUUAAAAACAAACAAUUAUUUCAUCAGGAUAUGGCUAUUACUUGUGAUUUUUUUUUUUGUAUUUAUGGAAAUUUGUAAGUAUUUCUUUUGCCUUCAGCUGAUUUUUGUUUGGAAUAAUACUCCAUGAUUAGGGGUACAGAGAAUCGAACUUCAAUAAAAAUUGAUGGAAUUUUUUUGUAGCAAUUAGCAAUAUGAAUCAAGUUUUAUCUGCGAACGUAAAUAAAUAUAUAAAAAGCUAAUCAACUGCCUGUAUGUUAAUUUUUCUUCUGUUAUUGCAUUUUGGGUGGGGUAAGUUUUCUUGCCAUUUUAUGCAGAACAACAGCACACUUUAAACAUGUCAUUUCUGUAUGUAAUUGUUACUCUUCGGUUACCUCCAUUCGAACCAUGCAGUCAUGUAGAUGUAAUAUUUUGACAUGGAAAACAUUAACGCGCAGCCUAUUAUUUUGUACUGUUUAUGGGUAGGCACAGUCUGGUUAUCUUAAAUUCAAAGUUUUUUGUGACGUGAACGAGACCCAGACUUCUUCAAUUUUCAGGAUAAUUGCUAUAAACCAUCAGUAUUUUAGGAUUGUACAGCGGACAGAUGCUGCAUUUGGUUGUACUCAAUUGUAACUACAUUGCUACACGUUUCCAUUUUGAUAUCAAGGGAAAACUGAUGCGGUACAAUUCCAGAGUCAAUUGCUUUAUUUUACAGCUGUGCACAUACUUUGAAACAAAAGUACAAUUGAAACAAAUGCGAGGGACCAAAAUCAUUGCAAGUCUCACCAAGGUACUUUUCAGUAGAGCAAGUUUGGCCAGACAGACAGACAGACAGACAGACAGACAGUUUGUUAUGAGGAAGAAAGAUAUGUGCAGGCAAGCAAUAGCUCAGGUUUUUUUUUCAUGGAUUUCUGAUUGUAGACUAAAUUGGAUUUAGUUUAAACUAAAAUAUUAAUAGAUGCUAUGAAUCAUGGGUAGUAAUAUUUAAGUGAUUUAUGUUUUCAAAAAAAAAAAAAAUUGUGAAUCUGAGGAAUAUAUAUAAAUGGAUUGUUUGCCUGUUAAACAGGUCUUACGAUUCACUGUUUUCACAUAGAUGGUACAUUUUUACAAUUUUGUAUUACAGCUAUGUUGGCAAGGUAAUAGAUGUGGUUUUCUUGUAGUGUUGCUAGGGACCGUGGAUUAAGGAUGUUCAAUACAGUUUAACUUUGCAAUGGACACAGACUGCUGGUUUGAAUAUAAAAUGCAAAUACCAUUUAAAAAAGACGAGUGACCCAUUAGAUUUAAUUUGUAGAAAAUGUUAUGUUUCAAAUUUCCUUAUUUGAAUAAUCACUUAAUAUGCAACAAUGAGAAAAUUUGAAAUGUUCUCACACUAUUGAACAUCCUUAAAUGUACUUUGUAAUUCUUUUGCACUGUUGACAUUGUUUUCAUUGGUUCUAUUAUGACUUGAAAUUUCAUAAGAAAAAAAAACAAUAAAACCAUGACUUUUUAACU